GUUGGGGUGCCACGGCUCCGGCUUGCAAGGGCCCUGAGUUCAAAAGAAAAAGCCAAUACAGGUUGCAUAUUCCUCUGAGGCUGCCUCGAUCUGAACCCAUGGCUCUUUGCCACCAACAACAGGUGGACUGUUGAUGGUCUGAACUCAAGGGUUCUUGGUUUGAUGUUGAAUUACAUAUCUAAACAAAAACUUUGCUGGACUUUCUGCGUUUUCCUUUUGGAUUUAUUUGACUAAGUAGUCCCAACCAGCUCAACGAAGUGCCGCAACCUCGUCCUCAGAAAGACUCAGAGCUCUAAUUUGGAAUGUAGUAAAGCAUCAUGCCGCUUUUUAGCAAGAAAGGUUCGUUUGGUACUGCGAAACAGAGCAAAGGAGAGUCAAAAAGAAAGGCUAAAGAGAACGGAUCCAAACUGCAAAAGGCUGACGAGGAUGUAGAAAAUGGAAGCAAUGUCGGCAAUGCUGAAACUGAAAAGGGCGGCAUAGGCCCUACAGUCAACCAAGAACAGGCCACAAAGGGCUGCGACGAUGGAGCAUCGGAGGCACAGCAGCUUGCAAAGAGACUCAUAUUUCACGCACAGCUCGCCCAUGGAAGUCCAACAGGAAAGAUAGAAAAUUUUAGUAACGUAAAAGAACUAUAUCAAAGAAUAGGAGAUGCUUUCGAGAUUUCUUCUUCAGAGAUUAUUUUUUGUACACUGAACUCGCCCAAGGUAAACAUGGAGAAGCUACUGGGUGGACAAAUAGGACUGGAUGACCUCAUAUUUGCCCAUGUUCAAGGGGACACAAAGCACAUAGAUGCAAUCAAAGAUGGACCAGCUUUAGGGCUGACCAUAACAGACAACGGGGCAGGUAUUCCCUUUAUUAAAAAGGUUAGAGAAGGGAGCAUCAUGGAAAAAUAUCCUGAAGUCAAAGUGGGAGACCACAUAGCCAUGAUUAACGAGAACAGCUUUGUUGGAAGUCGCCAUUUUGAAGUAGCAAAAGUCUUACGAGAAAUACAGGAAGGUGAUCGGUUCACACUAAAACUUGUGGAACCAAAAAAGGCAUUUGAGGGUAUAGCUCCACGUCAAUCAAAGAAUCAAAACAAUUCUACAAAUGCUAGUGUGGUUGGAAGCGGAAAGGCAACAUUACGUUUGAGAUCAAAAGGGCCAGCAACUGUUGAAAUGGAGCAACCUCCGUGGGAAGCAGUGGCAAUUGCCAAAGUGGAUGACUUAUUGGAAAGUUUUCUUGGUAUUCGUGACCCUGAAUUAGCAAACACGCUAAUUGACAUUGGAAAAAACAUCGAAAAUCCAAGUGAAUAUGCCUCAGCUGUGGAGGAGCAACUUGGUGAUUUUGGUUUUCCUGAUGAUUUUAUAUUCGACUUAUGGGGUGCAAUCGGCGAUGCAAAGGUCGGCAGAAUAUAAUUCCACUUCUUCUAUAAAUACCUAGGACAUUUCAUGCAAAUAUUUGACUUGAUAUUUGGUCUUUUUCUCCAAUACUAAUCAUGGUCUUCUGAAACAGAUCUGUUUUCCUAGAAACUGCUUAAUGUAUUGUUUUCCAAUAAAUUUCCUAAGACGUAUAGACAUGUAUUUUAAGACUAUAAUAAAGCAUAUAAUUGAUCAUAAUUUGGAUAAAUUGGUUAGUUAAUCAUAGCACGGUAAUUUUAAAACUUUAUUAUUGUUAUUAACGGGUUUUUGCUUAAGUUGGGGCGAGGAACCCGUAUGUUAGGGUUUAUGUUGAGAAGGCUAGUUCCGCAAUGAGAUGGAAGUACCUUUUAAUUUUUUGAGAAAACGUUGAUUGAUAAUGACUUGACAAUCUUAAAUCUUCAAACUAGGUUGUGCGUUGGCUCAGGCUCUUGGUUGGUGGGGGCAGUUGUUGAAAAGGGGAUAAUGUUUUAGUGGAGUGGGAAAUGGGUAGUUUUUUAAGGUAAAAGGGCAAACAAUAUUCCUUAGUGAGAAGAAGGUUGAUUAAUUGCAAUAUUGGAGGAGAACUACCAUUGGAACGCGUAUCAAUAUCAACCAUUGCAAGCUGUGUAUUUUGUGCUUUGGGUACGUUUUUCGUUUGAAUCGGAGGCUCAGUUUGCCUCAGCACAUUGAAUGCCAUGUCAGGAUACAGAAGAAGCAAUGGCGAAUAGAAGUGGUCAACACAUACAUGGUAAUAAUUCGACUUCAAGGAGUAGGUGACUCUUUAAUUCAACUGUACGGAAAAUUAUUGGCUAGUGAAUUCGAUUUUUGACGAGCAGACUUGAGACGCGCAAGUCAGAAAAGGGUGUUUAUGAAUUGGAUUGUGAUUACUGAUCGAUGUACAAAAGAGGUUUUUGCUACCUCAUUUUGAUGUCGGACGAAAUUAUAUACAUCAUAAGGAGGCUAUUUUGUGCAUGUACCCCAGAUAACUCCAACUUUCAAAAAGUCGGGGUGACUUUCAAUUCCCAUCAGAUUUUCCCAACCUACUCAUGUCUAAAGUCUUACCCCGCAUAAGCCGGACAUUUGCUGGGUAAGGCCAUUUCCUUAACCUCUUGAAGGUCUGACAUAACGAGAUUCAAUCCUGUUGUUAUUUUAUUCUUUUAUCGCAUCCUGGUAAAAUCGGGGUGCGGUAACUCACAAAAGUCGGAUCUCCUCCAACCAUACAAAUUUGUCAGACUUUAAAAAUUUAUGCGUUAAAAAUUGUCAGCUUUUAUACCAGAUGGAUUUUGACCAAGCAUUUUUGUCCGAGAUAUGAAAUAUCUGACUUUUGCGAGUCCAACUUAUGCAAGUUUUACUAUCUUGCUGUAAUAUUGAUAAUUUAUAUCUGUUGUGGAAGGAAUAAUUAUGCAUCGGUAUUAUUGUCGCACAUUUUAGUUGUAAAUAUAGUAUUAUGUUACGUGCAGGAGUUUCUGGCUAGGCUCAAUAGAAUGACGUACUACUAAGUUAAAUUUUAGGCUGAACUAAGAUCAUUUAGAGAAUGUAUGUAAGUGAUUUGGGGAAGAAAAUAAAAAUGUGAUCAA